CAUAUUUUCGAGUUACAUAUUAAAGUUUCAUCACUCAAUCAAUUUAUUCAUUGCUCUUCUCCUCCAAUGACCAUCUCACUUUCUCCAUCUCUCUCUUUCAAUUCCUAUCUCCUUUUUUUCAUGCAAGAUCCAAAGAACUCCCACACAAGGAGGCGAUGGUAUCAAAGAGCAAUAGAGGCGAGCACGUUAUGGAAAGCCCUCUCGAAACCAAUCGAUGAGUUGAUCCCCAUCAAAAACAUCACUCUUUGGAAGACCAGAGACAUCACAACCAGCUCCAGAAAGCUGAGGAAAUGCGCGUCGACGAGGGCGGCGGCGUCGUCGCUCAGCCACGUGUGCCUGUGCGCGCCGAUCUCAGAUGUUUUCCAGGCGAGCGUGGUGGCUCCGAGGCGGCCGAGCGUCAGCUACGCCAGAUCGCGGUCGGUGUCGUCGGAGAUGCGAGCUCCGGCAACGGCGAGGAUGAGCGGGGAAGGGAGGAGGAUAUUUAGGGGGAAAUCGUUGACGGAUGAUGUGUUGAUGAGGAGAUUUGUGGUUGAUGAAGAGGCGACGAGGCGGAGGAAUGAGAUGGAGAUGAUUAGGAAGAGGAGUGGGAUGAGGAUUAGGAGGAUUGGUCCUAGUCCUUUGAGUAGAAUGGUUUUGGCUCACAACCAAUUAAUUAAUUAAUUAAUUGUUUUUAAUUUGUGACUCUCUUCUUCAUUAGAAUGGGAAUGCCCGGGGUUUUUGCAUGCCGUGUUAUUUUUUGCUAUUAUGUAGUUGUGUGUUUCUUGGAAGAUUAAUUUUUAAAAUAUAUAUGUAGUUUAUUUAAUUUGUAUCACUAUAUAUAAUAAAAUAUAAUGAUAUAGGAGUUUAUAAAUUAAACA